AGUGUUGUUGUUUACUUCAACUUGUUGCUUCUUUCUAAAUGUCACUCACUGUCAAAAAUCAAAAUGCAAACUCAAUAUUUAUUUAACAUCUUAGGUUCAAUUUAUACGUGUAUGUAACUAACAUAUGCAAUCAAUUUGAAAGUAAUUACAUCUCUUAUAUUCACUACUUCGACGAGUAAAUAACAAUCUAUUUUCGAGUUUGUUUAAUUUGAAUAGUGAUCUGCUGAGUCCUGUUGUAGCUUAUCUUCGGUUACCACAUAAUUAAGGAAACUAGGCAUUCCAAUUUAAAGUAUUAGUUUUAUGUUUCGGUAUUAAAUAGGUAUUUAAUAACUUUUUAUUGAAUGUGUUGAACACUAUUUAUUUCGUUCUCUGAGCUCUGUACAGUUGGUUACCUUCAACGAUGAUUAUAUUAUUGUUAGUUAGUUUACUAUCUUUGCUCAUACUUUAUCAUCUUGUUGAACAACAACGCACUAGUAGAAUGAGGAAAAUUAUUUCAAAAGUACCUGGCCCGACGAAAUAUCCAAUUAUUGGAUCAUCUUUGGAAUUUGGAAGAAACAGUGUUGAACUGAUGACAAACCUGCAAAGAAUGGCAGCCGACUAUGGACCAGUAUUCAAGGUGUGGAUGGGGCCUACGCUGUACGUGGUGUUGUCAGACGCAAGAGAUGUAGAGGUGGUUUUAAGCAGUUCAGUGCACCUGAACAAACCUCAAGUGUACGACUUCUUAAAGAAAUGGUUGGGCACUGGACUUGUUUCAGCUCCGGCAGUGAGAUGGAAAUCCCAAAGAAGAAUUUUGACUCCUGCGUUCCAUUUCAAAAUUUUGGAGACGUACAUUGAUAUUUUUAAUGCAAACGCCAGAAUCAUGAUGGGCCAGUUAGAAAAAGAAGUGGGAAAUGAGAAGUUUGAUAUCGCACCUUAUGUAGAUAAGUGUACCCUGGAUGUAAUCUGUGAAACUGCCAUGGCUACGAGUAUAGAUGCCCAGUUAAAUGAGGAAUCCCAGUUUACUAAAUCUCUUAAAGUGGUAUCUAAGGCCGUGUUAGUGCGGGCUUUUAAACCAUGGCUCUUCCCUGAAUUUACAUUUAAUUUGUCUACAAUAGGAAGAGAAUUUUCUAAGCAUCUUGAAUAUAUAAACAGUUAUGUGGAUAAGGUUAUUGCUCAGAAGAAGAAGUCAUUGGCAUCAUUUCAAUCAACACAGGACACAACAAAAGAUGACAAUUUGUAUGGUACAAAGCAACGUCUUGUGUUCCUUGACCUUCUUCUGAUGUAUGCUGCUGAUCCUGCAGUGCAUCUCUCGGAUGACGAUAUUCGAGACGAAGUCAACACAUUUAUGUUUGCCGGCCACGAUACAACAGCUUCCACAAUUGGAUUUGCUAUUCAUUUGUUGGCUUCUCACCCAGACGUGCAAGAGAGAGCGCGCGAGGAAGUGAAGAGUGUGCUGGGCGAGACGGACAGAGAUCCCACGUACCAGGAUCUGCUCAACCUGAGAUACCUGGAGCAAGUGAUCAAGGAGACCUUGAGGCUCUACCCCGCUGUACCAUAUAUCGGGCGAAAACUGUUCCAAGACCUCACACUUCCUUCUGGCUAUACCAUCCCAUCUGGAGCUGCCCUCUCCCUGUUUUUCUAUAAGAUCCAUAGGGACCCUGAAGUGUUUCCUGAGCCAGAGAAGUUCAAUCCGGAAAACUUCCUGCCUGAGAGAUUGGUUGGACGGUUCGCCUUCUCUUAUACACCCUUCAGUGCUGGUCCCCGCAACUGUAUAGGACAAAAAUUUGCAAUGCUAGAAAUGAAGGCUACAUUGUCUCGAUUGCUCCUAACCUACAAUAUCACGUCUCAACCCCCAGCUCCAGUUCUGGCAGCAGAGCUGAUCCUUCGGUCAGUCACUGGCAUUAACGUCCGCCUGGAGAAAAGAUCCUAGGAAGUGUACAACUGUAUCCAUUACUCAGGGAACAAUGGCUUAGAUUUCAGUUACUGUAUCGUGGUCAAAUAAAAAGUUUGAUAAUA